GGGAUAUAGUAAAUCCAGCAGCGAUCCAGGCUGAGGAAGAGGAUCAGCCAUAGGAGCAGGGCUAGGACGCCCCAAGUUGCGGAAUUCGGAUCACAAGUGCAUGGAAAAUAAACAAAAAACAAAACAAAACAAAGACAGCACACUUUCUUACUCUCACACACUUGGACACACACACACACUCCUCCUCCCGAGGUUUCUCUAGAUCUUGUUUCUUCUGGGGGAACUACGUUGCAGUGACCGUUUUACCACAAAGCUGUGAUCCUGGCGUUGGAGAGCACUGGAUGUGUUGUUGCCAGAUUCCGCGCCUGUGUGUGCACCAGCGGAAAGCAUUGCGGGUGUGUUGCGGAAGGAAGGUUUGGAUGUUGGAUCGGCCAGCGUUUUGAUUCUACGAGGUUUGUUGAUGCCUCUUCCCAUGCGCAGAAAGAAAUUUGCUGGCGGAUCAUUGUGUCGCAUUUCCAUUCGAUCGUAAAUUGUGGGAGAUUGGAUUUCACUGAAGCAGUAGGAUUCCAGGUAUAGAAUAAAGGUUUCUGAGAAGUGGAAGAGGAUCACUGGGCACUUCAACAAGUGGACUUAACCUAUCCAUGUUGUUGAGAGUUAGCAUCUUUCGAAACCGAGCAGGAAGAUUUGGGGUGAUGUGUGCACGAUUUUUUUGUGAGAUUCGCUUUAGUUGACACGAGGAGCAUCCAGAGAUUUUGUAGAGCCGUAUUGAUGAGUAGAGUAGAGCCUCCUCCCGAGGAUAGGAAGCUUUCGUCAGUGAAGAGCUGGUUCUCACGGAGUGUCAGCUUUGGAGGUAUCCAUGGCUCAAGCGCUGCCUUGGCUGCGGGUGCGGCAUCGAAAGGUUUACCCGAAGGAAAUGGUCAUAAUGGAGAGGAUCAAGACACUUGGGGAGGCUUCAACACCACCUUGGGGAAGCACCUCUCGAUGAGGAGGUCGAAGGUCUCCACUGAGGCGGAGAAAGAGAGCGCGCUUGGGAGUCCUUCCAUGACGCCUAGAAAUGUUACCCCUUUGAUUCCUCUUACGCCCCUCAGGUGGAAGUCCAACCCCUCUGAACAAGAAGAGCAACAGAAGGCUGCAGUUACUGUGGAACGUUCCAGACUAGGACUAGUUGCAACAAAUGCCGCAGUGCCAUCCGAAGAGCACUCCGGGAACAGUUUUCCUGUCAAAGAAAGCGAAGCUGAGAAAAAGGUGGAUCAGGAUGUUUACGUCCAGACUAAAGCUGUUCAGUCAACAGCAGAUGCAGAUGCUGAGAUUGUCGGAAUGGAGUCACCGAGUGGUCAAGACAUGACGUCACCGUCGGGGGACGACAUCAUGCCUAUGAGAAUCGAUUUCUUAAGGGCUCGGUUAAUAUCGGAACGCUCCGCUUCGAAGGCAGCAAAGCAACAAAUUCAAGAUCUUGGAACGAAGGUGAUGGAGCUGGAGGAGAAGUUGGAACAAGUCAUGGAAGAUAAGAAAAAGGCUGAGAAGUGCGCGGAAGAUGCACUUCUAAAAUUGCUGAAUGGUGAUUUUGCACAGGUCGCCGAUUGCACAGCUCGAGUGGUACUAAGCAGAGCUUCCUUUAAUACAUCUGAAGGGUUGCAUAUUACUUCAGGCCCUGCAUCUGGUGGCGAGGAAAUAAAAGAGGAGGUGCGGCGUGCUGGGAACAGUGUUGGAGCUUUCUUCAGGACUGACUCCAUCGGAAGUUCUUCGGAAAGCAAAGAUUCUGAAGACUCGAGAAAGAAAUCAUCACAAGUCGGAAGUGAACAUCAGUACGAUGUUGAUGGACACGGGGAUCCCUGGGUAACUCCUCAGAACGUGUUCGUAAUGGAGGGAGAAUCCCCAAAAAAGCAGGAUAACAGAGCUGCCAUUGGAAAUCGGUUACGACAAAUGUGGAGCCAAAUCAGUGCAGAUAUGUCUGCUCUUGCAAAGGAUGGAACUCAAGAAGAGCUAGUCCAGGAGCAGCUGAUGAGUUGGAUGGAUCAAGCGCCUGCAGUUCUCCAGGAAAGAACUCCUCAAAAACUAAUGCAGGAAAUGCAAGGAAAUGGUGGACUGCAGAGAAAAGCAAUCUGUUCUCAAGAUUCCCAUUUUGGGCUUUCACCACCUGAAGGUAUACAAGACAGGUCGCAUGUUCAGACAGUUGCAAAGAGGGGGGAAGCUAUGCUAGAGGAAUACGAAGCUCACCAGAGAGUACAAAGGGAAUGGGAGAGGAACUACUACGAGUCAAAACGAAGACUGGGGCAAUCAGACCAGCAUGACUACCCACGUUCAGAAUAUAAGAGUGGUCCCAAGGAUGCAGUUCAUGAUUUUGGUACCUCGCGCGAUGUAAGUCACCGAAGCAAGAGCUCCAUCAACUUCAGCCAUGAUCACAUGCUUAAGAGCGAUUCUCGAAUGGAAGUUCAUCCAGAUUCCGAGUCAUGGGCUGUAAAUCGACACGAUAGAAACACCGCCAUGGAUCGUAAGUACAACGAUGACAGCAUCGACCACCGACAGAGGUUGGCUUAUCCUGCGGGGAUGGAGCAUCCUCAAUUGCAAGCAGAGCUCUCAGCUCCGUUGCCCAGAAAUCCUCAAAGCGACUAUGGAGGUGCGCCUUCGAUGUCGAAUAGUGUGGAUGGCGAUCACAGACAAAGGGAAGGGGAACAUCCUUACCGAAGUUACCAUCAGUCAGAAAAGAGGUAUAGGCAUGGCCAACGACGUUCCCGUUCUGCUGAUAGUGGUAACUGGCCAGCCUUAGAAGACUAUGGAGUAAUGGAUGUGCCUCACCAACAAAGAAACUUGAGCGGGGAAAUUCGCCCAUCUAACUCUUCCCGUCGUGAAGGGAAAAAUUACAAACACGACGACCGUGACUACCGACGAUCGUACGAAGACGACUCCAGACUCGGACAUGAGCCUUCCUAUGGGAUGCCUGGGCACCGGGAAGACAAGUACCUUGAGAUCAAUGGGUCAGGGUAUCAUGUGCCACCUCAGGCCAAGUUAUUUCUUGGAUACGGACCUGCCUACGAUGCCCCGAGAGAUCAAUCACCUACAUUACAACAGGAUCGAGUGAGUAACAAGUCCAGUGUGAGUGAUGUGUUGCUUCGGUUGCAGAAGGCCAAGGCCAGCAUUCAGAAAUCGGGCUCGGAUCUAACCAAAGGUAGUUCGGAUUACGUGAAGCCUGAACGCGGUAUGGAUCCUCGAGCUCAGUACUCAACGCUACAAUUGUCAGAGCCAUCUAAUCUCACCAGAAGUGUGGUUGAGAAUCAUGAUUUGGGGUCUGGCAAUAUAAGGUCCUCCAACUCCUCUCCAUCACUACUGGACCUUAGGCCGGCAGCAAAUGGCCAUCGUAGCUAUUAUGUAGAUCAGCUUAAUGUAGUAAGAGGCAUUGAUUUCUUUCACUGACGAACCAUUGUGACCACAUCAGUUCACCUGCUUGUUAAGCUCCGAAGACAAAUUUUGGAGAACAGGUUCUCAUUUUUAUUGUAGGAUACAGAAUAGAGGACUGGGCCGGUAUCCACCAAUAUGUGGCAAAAUUGACGUGGCCAUGGUAGGAAGUUGCUUACAGUUGCCGGACUUGCAUAAGCCAUUCAUUCAAGAGGUCUCUACAAUACUACUUUGACUGAAUUGUACAUCGAAUUUCACGUGAUUGAUAUUUCUGUGAUCUUCAAUGGAGACACUUCAACAACAAAAAACAAAUAAUAAUAAUAAUAAUAAUAAAUUUGAUCUCUUCAUGUUCUUCA